AUGAGAUCAAAUCGCGGGCUGCCCCCGACCUUUCUGUAUAUAAAAUGGGAAGGAGGUAGAUCAGCAUCAUUCCAAGUUUAAACAUCGUUGUGGUAUCUCGUGAAAAUAUACAUAAUUUAAAAUGGCUAAAUUUAUGAUUGUUGCCUUAGCAUUAGUUGCGGUUGCUGUAGCUCAUCCAGGAUACGGUGGUGGUGGUCACGGUAGUCACGGUGGAUAUGACAGUGGAUUCGGCGGUGGACAAGGUGGAUUCGGUGGUGGUCACGGAAGUGGCAACCAAGGAGGUUUUGGCGGUGGUCACGGAGGCGGCAGUCAUGGAGGUUUCGACGGUGGUCACGGAGGAGUAGGCGGAGGCCAAGGAGGUUUCGGCGGUGGCCACGGAGGCCAGGGAGGUUUCGGCAGUCAUGAUGGAUUUGGUGGAAGCCAUGGUGGCCAGGGAGGUUUCGGCAGCCAUGAUGGAUUUGGAGGUAGCCAUGGUGGCCAGGGAGGUUUUGGCAGCCAUGAUGGUUUUGGCGGUAGCCAAGGAGGAUUCGGCGGCCACGGCCACGGACACGGACAUGGCGGACAUUAUUAAACUCAAUCUGUGAUUCCUUUGUAAUAAAGUAUUUUUAACUCUA